GUUCUAUUGGUCGACGCGUGAUAGGUGGGUAACAGUGUCAAGUGACUGGUAGCCUCGUCGUCGGAGCUCAUCAGCUGGCCAUCAGUAUAGAGGGAUGAUCGGUCGGAGUCAGACGUGUCGAAGAGAUGUAGUGCUUUAAAUGCUUUCGGAAUCAAUAAAGUUGGAGUCGAUCGGUUAUUUUUAGUCGAAAGUUAAAGUUAGAGGGCUUCUAAAGCAAAUUUAGAGCAUGAAACCGGACGAAGAAAUGCAUGCAGAUGUUGCUGAAGAAGUUGAGCUCGAUCCAUGUGACUUGUAUACAGAUUUGGGAACAUUGAUUAUUGAAGGGAGAAUUCCAGGACUAACAGAGAGAGGUUUUGGAGAAGGUCCCCAUUGCUUACCAGUUCAGGGUCAGAACAGACAUCAAUGUGACCUCACUUCCCCUGAAUGUCAACGUCAUGAUGUCAUAUUGAAACAUAUGUUACUUUUAUGGAAAAACAGAAUUCCAAUGUCAAUUGAAGUUUUGCUAUAUCCAGAAUGUUGUUCAAAUUCUUCUAGUAAUCAAACUAUUGAUAAUUCAUCAGUUUCAGAUAUAUCUUACUUAUUGUUAGAGCAAUGGACAAUACAUAUGUUGCCAAGAAGGAUAACAGAUGCUACCAUUAGUUGUCGUGGUCUUAUUCAAGCUGUCAGAUCAUUCCUUCACUUCUCUCAGUUAAGUGCUUGGUUGAGUUUAACCGGAGGACAGUCACCACAGAAUAUACACUACAGGGUAUGUGUUCCAGAAGAAGCUUUCUCAAGUAAAUUUACAACAAAACCAGACCUUCAUGUCUUUCCUAUUGCCAAUGUGGCUCGUAGCAAUGCAAUGAAAGUUGUAGUUAGGUCUCAUCCAAGAUGUGGAAAGAUACCAAAACUUGAAUGUUUUAAACAUAAUGUUGUGUGUGACAGAUUUGAGUCCCCCAAGCCAUCAAUAAGUAAGAUAAAAUCUGUUCUUGAGGAAGAAUGUGGUGCCAAUUGCAGAGAUGAUGAUUUUUGUCCAGAAGAUGGAAUUAUUAAUGAACAGUUCUCUUCAACAUUUAAACCCUCCUCACAAAAGGUAAUGCAGAACAAAAGUCCAGCUGAUUCUAUGCUUGGUGAAAGUCUUUUGGAUCCUCCACCUUCUCUUCAGAUGUAUCCAAAACGCUAUCAAUCACCUUCUCGUUGUGGAAGUCCAAGUAUUGAAGUACCUGAACAUCUUAUGUUUGGAAAAGCAGCUAAUGUAAGAAGAGAAGCUGAAAGAAACAGAAUUCAUUCCCAAGGUAAAGAACGAAGCAGACCACAACGAAGACCUGUAAUAGAAAGAUUUUUAAAGAAAAAUUUCAAUGAUGAUGAUAGAAUUGGCGAAGAAGAAAUUAGUGGAAAACAUACACUACCCUCUUCAGAAAGACUAGAAGGUAUGAAAAGUAAAUUAAAACUGGACCAGAAUAAUAUGGAAGUAUGCAAUUAUGUAUGUAAUGGUAAUGACACUUCUAUACCAUUAGAAGAAAUGCAACAUGUUUUAAACAGACUGAGACAAAGGUGUCCAGGCACAAAGCAUUCCACAAAUACUUCACAGAUACCAUUUCAAACAGAAAAACCAUCAGUAUUUAACAUCAUUCCUCAAAGGACAGAUAUACCUUGUAGCUCAAAGCAAAAAUAUUUAUCAUUAAAUGAAACUAUGGAAAGAACUUUAAAUCAGAAACACUCAAAAACAACUCAAAUUAAAAGUAAAUUAGCCAAAUUUACUGAGGAAUGUAAAAUACAAAAAAAUAUAGCAACUGAAAAUGAAUUUGAAAGUUCCUUUCUUUCUACAAAAUUGAAUUCAGACAUUUCAGACCAAUUAAAUUCUGUGCCUUCAGUUAACAAUGCUCAUUCAAUAAGUAAUGUAAAGUCAGAAGAAAAAAGAAUCAAAUGUGUUAGCAACAAUGAUAUGAGAGAUUCAGGAAAUGAAAAUUUUAAAACUGUUUGUAUAACUUCUGAUUCAAUAAUUAAUAAUAAUGUAGAUAUUCAAACAUAUCAAGAAGAAUUGAAUAAAAUGUCUACAAAUCAAAAUUUUAAUAACAAAAGUGAUUGUUUUCAAAACGUGUGUCAAAAUAAAAGUUGGAUUUCUGGCUUAGGAUAUGGAGGACAAAAAUCUUCUCUUGUGCAAAAUUUAUUAAGAGCAGGAGCAUUAGCAAAAGAGAAUGAUUUGGAUCGAAAGAAUCAUCUAGUUCCAUCAGCUGAUCAAAAAGCUCAAUUUAGAAGAUCCCUUGACAGUGCAACAUGCAUGGUUUUUCAUCAGAAAACAGGCCUACCAUUAACCUCAAGUCCUGCUCCAAUUAGAAAAUCUGGAACUUGUUUUGAUUUUGACAGCAGUUUAACUUCUGUUUCUGCAAUAAAAAGAGCUUUAUUUGAAAAAGAUCCUGAGGAGGAAAUAGAUAAGCUGCAAUUGAGUACAAGUGCACCUGCAUCAAUCACAACAAGCAAUCUUCUUGGAAAUUUUGAGGAGUCUGUUUUGAAUGGUCGUUUGGAACCUGUUAGUACAGUAGAAGGAUUUACAGCUGAAUUAGGAGCAAGUGGAUCUUUUUGUCCUCGUCAUAUCACCCUUCCAGUCACUGUAUUCUUCUAUACAUUGCAAGAUACAGACAAAAUGGCAUCUCCUUAUUUAGGGCAUAUUAAUUUAGGAAAGAAAGGAUAUCAUGUUCCAAGGAAAGGAACAGUACAAGUGACAUUAUUUAAUCCACAUCAGACUGUUGUAAAGAUGUUUGUAGUGAGAUAUGAUUUAUGUGAUAUGCCAGUCAACUGCCAGACUUUCAUUCGCCAACGUACACUUUAUAUGCCUGCCGAUGCCUCAGAUAAAGAUCCCGAUGCUAGUAAAUGGCUACGUUAUCUCAUUCAUCUCAGGUUUUCCAGUUCGAGAUCGGGACGAAUCUACCUUCAUACGGAUAUAAGGAUGAUUAUCUUUCGGAAAAGUGAUCUGGAUGCUGCUACUGUACAUAGCCAGAGGCCGUACGAAUUGCGUUCCUUUACACAAGGUCCCAUCAAUCCUAGAUUCUCUCCAUUGAAAUAAAACAAGACAAGAACAGGUUCUAAGAAAGAGAAUCAAUAUUUGAUUCAUAAAAUUCUGGAAUAUGCAUGUUCAUAAUAUCAGUAAUAAUGUAAAUCGUGGCUUGUGAAUGGUUGUUAUUGCUAUAAGUGUAUAUAUAUAAAUAUAUAUAUACAUAAUUA